UUUGGGACGCAGCCCAACGGCGCCAAGGUUUGAAAAUUCCGGGUCUUUGUGGUCGUUUGUUGUGUGGUUUAACAUUUACGUGUUCUACUUAUAUCUUACUCUUAAAUCAGCUAUAAACGUAUGCGUUGGUAGUUAUGGGUGUUCACGAAUUAUGGUCCAUCGUCGAGCCGGUCCGUGAGUCUGUGCCUCUGUACAGUUUGAGCGGAAAAACGCUGGCUGUUGACCUGAGUUUAUGGGUGUGCGAGGCCCAGCAUGUGCAAGCGAUGAUGGGGAGAGUUACCAAACCCCACCUGAGGAAUUUAUUUUUCAGGGUGUCAUCUCUCAUGCUUAUGGGGGUAAAGCUUGUCUUUGUGAUGGAAGGAGAAGCCCCUAAAAUCAAAGCAGAAACGAUGAGCAAGAGGACAGAACAGAGAUUUGGAGGAUUGAAAAAGGCUUCUGCCCCUAAGACUACAUCUAACACCAGCAGAGGGCGCUUUAAUGCUGUACUCAGAGAGUGUGCAGCCAUGUUGGACUAUUUGGGUGUGCCCUGGGUGACGGCUGCAGGCGAGGCUGAGGCCAUGUGUGCCUACCUGGACUCAGAGGGCCUGGUGGACGGCUGCAUCACUAAUGAUGGAGACGCCUUCUUGUAUGGAGCCCGGACUGUCUACAGGAACUUUAAUUUGAACAGUAAAGACCCUCAGGUGGACUGUUACAAGACCUCCAGAGUACACACAGACUUAAAUAUCUCCAGAGAGAAUCUAGUUGGUCUGGCCGUCUUUCUUGGCUGCGAUUAUAUUCCUAAGGGCAUACCAGGUGUUGGAAGAGAGCAAUCACUGAAGCUUAUCCAGAUGCUGAAAGGACAAACUAUUCUGCAGAGGUUCACCCAGUGGAAGGAGGACAAUGUGGGUGUGUCGGAGGGAGUUUUAAAGAAGGUUCCCCACUGCCAACUCUGUCGACAUCCUGGCUCAGCGAAGGCACAUGAACGUAAAGGCUGUGUGCUUUGUGAUAGUAAACAUUUCUGUCAGCCUCAGGACUUUGACUACCAGUGUCCCUGUGACUGGCACCGCUUCGAAGAGACCCGGCAGGCCGUGUCUCUUGAGGCAAACAUCAGGAAGAAAACACUGGCAAACCAACUGUUCCCUUUUACAGAGAUCAUUAAAGAGUUCCUGAUUUCCAAGGACAAGCCUGUGUCACAGUUCAAGAGGAGACAGCCAAACCUGAUGCUGAUACAGAAAUUUGCCUAUGACAAGAUGGAGUGGCCAAAGCACUACACCAGUGAAAAGGCGUUAGUCUUGAUGACCUACUCAGAGUUGAUGAACAGAACAUAUGGAAGAGAAAUGUCUUCCCAAAUCAAGCCCCUCAGAAUUUUGAAACCAAGGGUGAGGAAUGCCGUCGCUUGCUUUGAGAUCAUCUGGAGAACACCAGAACAUUACGUGUUUCCUGAGGAUCGUCCUGCGGAGGAUCAGCACGAGGUGAGGACGGUGGAGGAAGAGUCUCUCUUCCGUGUGGCCUUCCCAGAGGUGGUGGAGAGCUACCUGAGAGACAAAGCUCUGGCUGAAGAAAACAAGACCAAGAAGAAAAAACCAAAGAGUAAAAAGGAGAAGCCAUCUGAUGUUUCUGAUGGUAUUUCUGACCUCUUGGCUCAGAUGACCAUCCAGACUUCCUCCAACACCGAACCACAAAAGCUGCCCGCUUCAAACCCAGAUGACCUAGAAGUGGUGGUUUUGGACACUCCAGUGAAGCAUAUACAGCAUCAGAAGUCAAAAGGGGAGCACAGCAGUUUGGGCCAUUGCCCCAAAACUCCUCUGUCUCGUGCAGGAAGUGAAGCUACUGCUUCUCCAUCCGUCUCUGAUGCUAUCGACGCGCUACACCUGAGUGAUAUAGACUGGGAGGCUUUGUCUUUCACGUCUUCUCCAACUCCACAAUCUACUAUUAACCACACCACUGAGCCCAAACUGAGGGAAACCACAGACAGUGAUGUUAUUGAUGAAAAAAUUGAGCUGAAAAUCUCAAAUGACGUCGUAAGAGCAGACUCCAGAUCUGAGGUGUGCUUCACAGAGUGUCCUUUGAGGGACAGGCUGCUCAUGAAGAACACAGCAAGAGCUAUGGACCUGAAGGAGAAACACAAUGAUGAGAUCUCAAAACAGCUUAACUAUGAGUUGGUCUCUCUCAAAAAAACGUCUUCUCAUAACUCACACUCAAAACCAAAUGGACAGAUCCCCGAUAAAAGUAGCAGUGGCAUUGCAUUGUUAGGGAAAGAAUCUGCUGUAAACAAAAAGGAACCACUCACUGAACAAAAGCAGAGUGCAACAAAUAAGGCAGAAACUCACGGUUCACAACCGCGGCUGACGCCUAUAGUACAAAGUAAGACAAAGGACAACGGUCCCCAAAAGCCUCCUCAGAAAUAUAAAUUUGUCCGGAAAGCCAUUUCAUCAUCCACACUCGCCCCACAGAGGUGUAACUCUGACCCCGUUCAGAGUGACAGGAACGCAUUGCACAGCACCAAGAAGAGUGUGUGCAUGAGUGUGUGUUCGUCCAGCGAGGAAAGUGAUGCAGAGAACAAGCAGACAGGACCACAAAGAAAAGCUUACAGCAAGCACACGAACAAGAUGAAGGGCAACUUCCUGUCUGCCAUCCCACUGAAACCUAAAACAACCAAACCGACAGCUAAAGCAGCUCCUACCAUUGUUCAGUCUUUACAGCCAAAAGCUCAGAGCUGCAGUGCAGACAUUGAAUUAAAAAGCAGACCUGUAGCUACUCAAAGCAAAUCUCCAGAUGUCCCACCAGCUCACGUUGAUGGUGGUGUGUUUCCUCAGACCCCGGGAUCACCAGCUGUCGUGUUGGACAGUGAUGACUCCAUUAUUUGUGUUGAGAGUCCACUGCCACUGGCAGAGAGACUGAGACUGAAAUUCAUGAAGGGAGCAGCACGAAUACAGGAGGAUGGACAUGUAAGAUUUUAGGUUUCAAGUUUGAAAAAUUAACCUUGGAACCUUUGAAUACAACUCUUAUGCCCAUGUUCUAGCUUUUUACAGAAGAGAUGCAAAAAUCAGUCAAUUGAUGGAAAAUAAUUCAGCAACUCUUUUGAUUAUCGAAAAAAUGGUUAUUGAUUUUAAAGGCGAAUAAAUUAAACUUUUGUUAGAUCCAAAUUCUCAAAUAUGAGCUUUUCGUUGUCUUAAAAAUAAUAAUACAUUGAAUAUCUAUGGAUUUCGGACUGUUGAACCGACAGGUCUUUUGAUGAAAAUUAUGUAAUUGUGAAGAUUUUUUUAUGUAAUAUAUGUUGUGAGAUUAAAAACGUUGACUGAUUAUGCCAAUGAACAAAGACAAUUGUUCACAUAAA